GAUGUCUGACAGCGACGACUAUGGGAAUGAAUUCGAUGAUACUGAAAUUUUCGAGGCCGCUACCCAAGUGGAGAGAAAAAACACGCCCGCUUUCCAGCCGUCACCUAGGCCCAGCAAGCGACGAAAGACCGGCCCAACAAAAGGCAGGACUUCAUCCAUUUCGUCGAAGCAAAAACCAAGUGGUCGACGAGGGCCAUUCAUUUCCUCUGAUGACGAUGACUCUGAUUCGUUUGAUCCUGUCAUUUCUCGCGAAAGCAGUAAGGCAGUCUCCCCUCCAAGCUGUGAAUCGUUAUCGGAAGAGCGAGCCGCGGGCCGCGCGAAGAGAUCCAAGUCAAGACAGAAAGAUUAUGAUGAGGAGGAUAUCGAAGAAAUCUCCCCCGCGAGAGGGACUGUUGCGCAAAAGAGAAAGGAGCGCAUUCAUGUCCCGACUACGAAUCUUGAUAUGGCAGACAUGUUCUUCACCCAACCCCCGCAAGAGCACUCCCCGCCUUGGAAACCACGAGGAGCAAUAUGGGCAAAGCCUGCUAUGACCACUGGAGUGCAUCGACCGUCAGAGCCCUCGAAACGGCCAGGAUCAGACGCUACAAAAACCAUACCUCUUUCCGGUAGACAGCUGACAUCAGCGAGACCCAAUGGUGUGGUGGGUGCCUACGACUUUACGCAGGAUUUAGCAGACCUGCCUUCCGAUGCAUUUGCGUCCUCAUCAUCUUCGCCACAGAAGCAUAACGGUGAUGUUGCUGCAAAUUCAGCGUCUCUUAAGCGGGUAAUGGCUCCACAGACUGGCCUACGACAAACGACACUCUUCGGACGUGCGGGGGUAAAUGGCGAAGUUCAGCCAUCGCAGGUGAACAAGCGCUACAGUUUUGUCGUCGACCAGAAGCAAGAGCCACCUACGCACCACAAACUGGACCAUGAGGCAAUGAAAACCUGGGUCUAUCCGACCAAUCUGGGCACAAUCCGAGAUUAUCAGUUCAACAUUGUGCAAAGAGGUCUUUUUAACAACCUGCUUGUUGCGUUGCCAACCGGUCUUGGAAAGACCUUUAUCGCAGCGACUAUUAUGCUGAAUUGGUUCAGAUGGACGAUGGAUGCACAGAUAGUGUUUGUCGCGCCAACCAAACCACUCGUCUCCCAGCAAGUCGGAGCUUGCUUUGGUAUUGCUGGUAUUCCACGUUCGUCCACCACCAUGCUUACAGGAGGCGUUUCACAAGCUCUAAGAGCAGAGGAGUGGAAGAGCAAGAGAGUGUUCUUCAUGACACCUCAGACACUUUUGAACGAUCUCAAGGCUGGAUACGCAGACCCCAAGAACAUUGUUCUUCUAGUAGUCGACGAGGCGCACCGUGCGACAGGCGCUUAUGCAUAUGUCGAAGUGGUCAGCUUCUUGCGACGUUUCAACCAAAGUUUCCGCGUGUUGGCUCUCACGGCGACUCCUGGUGCGGAUGUCGAAUCGGUUCAGAAGGUCAUUGAUGGGUUAGACAUCUCGAAGGUUGAAAUUCGAACCGAAAAUUCCAUGGACAUCUGCAGCUAUGUCCAUCAGCGCAAGAUAGAAAAGCACGUCUUCACAAACAGCUCCGAGAUGGAGAUGUGUAUGGACCUGUACAGCGAGGCUUUGCAGCCCUUGGUCAAGACUGUUACUGGACUGAAUGCAUACUACAACCCAGAUCCGCGCAGUUUGACGCCGUAUGGUUGCACGCAAGCAUCCAGUAAAUGGAUGCAGGACGCGGGUCGGAAUGCCAACCAAGGCGUGAAGUCUAUAGUUCGAACUGUGUUCUCGAUCCUGGCAUCUAUUUCUCACGGGAUGGACUUACUCAAGUUUCACGGCAUAGGUCCCUUCCAUAGUAAGAUGAAAGAAUUCAAGCAAGACAGCGAGAAGACCAAAUCAAAGUACAAGAAGCAAGUCCUGGACAGCGAGGCCUUCAAAAAGCUAAUGGUGCGACUCGAUGCGUGGGUGACCGACAAGGAAUUCAUUGGUCAUCCGAAGCUAGAGUUUCUACAGGAGGUCAUCUUGAAUCACUUUGCGAACGCAGAAGAUGGUGAAAACCCAAAUACACAGACGAGGAUCAUGGUGUUCGCUCACUUCCGCGAUAGUGCUGAGGAGAUUGCUCGUGUGCUGAAGAGACAUGACCCGAUGAUUCGCCCUCGUGUAUUUGUCGGACAGUCGACAGCAAAGAACUCAGAAGGCAUGAAUCAGAAGGAGCAGCUGGAGGUUAUCGAAAAGUUCAAAGCAGGCACAUACAAUACGCUUAUCGCGACGUCUAUUGGUGAAGAGGGUCUCGAUAUUGGCGAAGUCGACCUCAUCAUCUGUUACGAUUCGAAGGCAUCUCCGAUCCGUAUGUUGCAGCGGAUGGGCCGAACUGGACGUAAACGAGAGGGAAAGAUUGUUAUGCUUCAGAUGCAGGGAAAAGAGGAGAAUGACGCAAACAAAGCUAAAGAUAGCUAUGAGAAGAUGCAGGAGCUCAUCGCGAACGGAUCGCAUUUCACAUUUCAUGACGAGAUCUCCCGUCGUAUUCUGCCUCCAGAUGUAAGGCCCACAGUGGACCGGCGCGUGAUCGACAUUCCACCGGAAAAUUCUCAACAAGAUUGGCUGCCAGAGCCAAAGAAGGGUCGUCGACUCAAGAAACCGCCUAAGAAGUUCCACAUGCCAGAUGGUGUUCUUACUGGUUUCGUCACUGCAGGUCGCAUGGAUGAGGAAAUUGUACCAAAAGGUCGUGGGAAGAAGGCGGUCGCGCUCGUAUAUCCCAGUGAAGAGCUUCUAGACUUGCCACCAUUAGAGUCAGUUUUAUUAGACGACAAGUCAACCAAAGACUUGGAGCAGCGAUUUCAAACUGUAUACGACGAUGACGAUGCUCCGGUGGUCACUGGGCUUGAUUUGAGCCGGCAUUCUGACCAACAACGAAUCUUAUCCGACACAAUACAUCUCUCUGGACCUGGACGUGUGACACGGAGAUUCGUCAAGAUGAUGCAGCGCAUACAUGACAUGGACGACGAUCGGCUCAGCAGCUUCCAGCGAAACUUGCACUACUCGGAUUGCGAGUCAGAAGGAGGAAACGACAUGCUUGUAUCUGAGGCAGAGUCAUUACCGGUGAUAAACGAAGACAUGUGGGCUGACGACGAUCCCGCGUCGCAGUCGCUUCCAAAAUCCAAGGCGAGAGCCAAACCUGGUCCCAAGCCAAAGCCAAAAGCAAAAGCAGCUCCAAAGACCGCUCCAAAGGCAGUUCCAAAGGCAACUCCGGCUCCUCGAGGUCGUCCACGCAAAGAUGUGUCUAUUGUAGAAACCCCAGUACGUCCAUCGAGCGUACAGAGCCAGACACCCGUGACGAAAACACCAAACUGGCGAGUCUCGGCGCUCGCAGGAGAAGGUGCCUCGUCGUCUCCACCACCUACAGAUCCACGGUUCCGGAUAGCUUCCCAAGCCGACACCAUAGGCUCCGACGACACAUUCGGGGAUGACGAAAUACAAGACACUCAGGCGUACAAACUGGAUUCAGAACUCGCGAGCUUUAUCGUGGAAGAUGAGGAUGAUGAUGACAUUCCACCAUCCAGUCUUCCGAAUCUCGAUCUUUCUGGCCUUGGGAGGGGAACGCAGGCUGUCGUCAUGGCUGCUAGGCCGGGACGGCGCCCAGUGGCUGAGAAGCUGUUUACUAGCGAUGUUACAGAUAAUGAUGCUAUUGUGAGUAGUGACAGCGACGAAGAUGCGCCGCUUGUCAGAACGUGUGUGGGUGUGGGUGCAAAUAAGAGGGCGGCGGUUGUUGUAGACUCGGCCUCAGAGGACGACGAUGCGCCUGUUGUGUCUAGGAAAAAGGGGCGAUGGGUAGUCGACGAUGACGAAGACGAAGAUGAGUAA